GCCACCUUCAAGUCCCAGCAGGCCAGCUGAUGAGGCCUCCCUCCCUUUGGGUCCCUAGAGGAAUGGUACCUCCCCUGGGUCUCAAUUUGCAUGGCAGGAAGGGGCCUAAUGGGGAAGAGGCGGAGAGCAGACAGGCUGCAGCCCAGGCUGACAUACAGUUAGUUACAUGUUUCUCCCAAAAACCUCCUAAGUAGUGACGGGCCUGGACUCAGAGACGGAGCAGUGACCAUGGCCACAAUGGUGCCAUCUUCCGUGCCUUGCCACUGGCUGUUGUUCCUGCUGCUGCUUUUUUCAGGUGAGCCGGUACCAGCAAUGACAAACAGUGACCUGCCACAGAAUUUCCAAGGAAGCUCUUGUUCCAAGAUCCUUCAGUUCCCAAGGUAUGUAGCCAAAAAGCGGAACUCGGUGGUGAAGCUUUACUGCUCCUCAGAGUACUCCGGCAUCAUGACCUGGUUCCGAAAGCAAGGGAACCAGGAGCUCCAGGAGCUGUCUGAAGAGGAGGGGCAUAUCUCGAAGACCUGGAAUGGCUCUCUCCACACCCUCACCAUCCGAAGCAUCCAGUAUGAAGACAAUGGCAUCUAUUUCUGCAAGCAACAAUGCAACAGCGCCAACUUGGAAAUUGCCUGGGGCUGUGGCUCAGAACUUAAAGUCUUAGGGUUCAGCACCUUGGAGCAACUAAAGCGGCGAAACACACUGAAGGAUGGAAUCAUCAUGAUCCAGACCCUCCUAAUCAUUGUCUUCAUCAUUGUGCCCAUCUUCUUGCUACUAGACAAGGAUGACAGCAAGGCAGGAAUGGAGGAAGAUCACACCUACGAGGGUUUGAACAUUGACCAGACAGCCACCUAUGAAGACAUAGUGACUCUUCGGACAGGGGAGGUAAAGUGGUCUGUCGGAGAACACCCAGGCCAGGAGUGAGGGCCACCCUCGUCCUGCCCAACUCCUGGGCUUCACUGCUUCCAAACUGCCUGGCUCACAGCCCAUCCCUUCCUUCCUGGAUCCCUAGUCAGCGUCUGAAGCUAGACCACCAAUGCCACAUCUGUCUCCAGCCCCUGCCUGGUCCCCAGCUCUUGCUGAAAGGCCUGGGGUAGAAGGACAAUAGGGCAGUGAUGUGGAGUGGGGAGUUCUCUGGGGAUAGACUGGACCCAAGGCUUCUAGAAGCACCAUGCAGGAUCUGUCCUCGAGGGUGGGUCAGGAAACAGAGACUUGUGGGAACCUGCAAAUGGACUCAGGGCAGACUAGCUUCCUGAAGAGCCCAGGAAGGACCAUGGUCCCCACUGGCACCAGAAGGGCCUGCGAGAAUGUCAUUUCUCUCUCCCAUCCCAGGGAUCACCUAGCCUACAGCCCAUCCUUCUGUGGAAUAAAC